CAAGUGGAAUUGCCCACACGAAGGGGGGUAAAAUGGGUGUCCUGCUUCUACCUUCGCCGCUGGCAAGCCCGUAUGGAAUGACCACUUCGCCGACAUUAGUGAACUGUGAAGUGAGUCAAAUUUCUCGAUUGCCCCGCCCUGCGGCGAACACCGGAAGCCAAACGAUAUCAGUAAUGGCGAGUGGGAGUUACAAAUUCAGGCCACAAGCCCCUCAUCACAAUCAGUUUAUCUGCACCCGAACGCACCAGAUUGGAGCUUUAUUUCUCGUCGUUGCCACCUUCUUCUUCACCAGGCUCUUCGAUCAUUCCUUCAUUCCAUGCAGCUUAUCUGUUGAUCAAGUGCGGCCAUCGCUCGACCUAGUGCACGGUGGACCCUACUCUUGGCCGGAGAGAGGGUAUGGGUCUCAGCUUUCUCUUAAGAUCUACGUCUACGAUGUGGAGGAGAUCGACGGUUUGAAGGUCUUGAUGUAUGGAAGGGAAGGCAAAAUCACCGAGAAUGCUUGUUUGAAAGGCCAGUGGGGAACUCAGGUCAAAAUACACAAGCUUUUCCAACAAUCAAAACAUCGAACAGAGAAGAAGGAGGAAGCAGAUCUAUUCUUUGUCCCAUCAUAUGUUAAAUGUGUUCGAACAAUGGGUGGUCUGAAUGAUAAAGAAAUUAACCAGACCUAUGUCAAAGUUUUAAGCCAAAUGCCAUAUUUUCGGUUAUCUGGAGGUCGUAACCACAUAUUUGUUUUCCCCAGUGGGGCAGGAGCUCAUUUGUUCAAAUCCUGGGCAACAUAUAUAAAUCGUUCUAUUAUUCUUACUCCUGAGGGUGACCGGACUGAUAAGAGAGAUGCAAGUGCCUUUAAUACGUGGAAAGACAUCAUUAUCCCUGGUAAUAUUGAUGAUGGUGUGACUAAAACUGGUGCUCCAGUGGUCCAGCCACUGCCUUUGUCAAAGCGGAAGUACUUGGCAAACUAUUUGGGACGUGCACAAGGAAAAGCCAGUCGCCUGCAGCUGAUACAGCUUGCGAAACAAUAUCCAGACAAGUUGGAAUGUCCAGAUUUGAAAUUCAAUGGACCUGACAAAUUGGGAAGGAAAGAAUAUUUUGAACACUUGCGCAAUGCAAAGUUCUGCCUUGCUCCACGGGGGGAGUCAUCUUGGACCCUUCGCUUUUAUGAGUCUUAUUUUGUGGAAUGUGUUCCAGUUAUACUAUCCGAUCAAGUAGAACUGCCUUUCCAAAAUGUCAUUGAUUACAGUCAGAUAUCUAUAAAAUGGCCAUCCAGUCGAAUAGGUGCGGAGCUGUUGCAGUACUUGGAAACGAUACCAGAUGAAGAUAUAGAAGCAAUCAUAGCUCGAGGAAGACAAGUAAGGUGCUUAUGGGUAUAUGCUUCAGAUUCGGCACCCUGCUCAGCAAUGCGCGGUAUAAUGUGGGAACUGCAGAGAAAAGUGAGGCAAUUUCAUCAGUCAGCUGAAACGUUCUGGUUGCACAACGGAUCUAUUGUAAAUAGGAACUUGGUUGAAUUUUCCAGAUGGGAUCUCCCUGUCCCGUUGCCUUGAUUAGCCGGGGGAUACCUUAUUCUUGUGUUUUCUAUUUCCUCUCGCAUGGCUAUUAUCUCAUCUCCAAAUAGCAAUUCACUAGUUCACUUGUUCUUUAGAAUUAAUAUACUAGGCGCUGUUUAAUUCUUUAGCAGCUAGCAAUAGUGGAACCCAACUUGCCCCUUUUAAUUCCGAAGCAUUCAAAACAUUUUUGUUGUUUUUAUAAGUUAUAAUAGUUGAAUGAGUUGUUUGUAAUGGGUAACCUGCCCAUUGUUUUCUUUUUUAAGAAAAUAAGGCUGCUCUUAGUACCAA